UCUUGCCAACUUGCAGGUGGAGGAGUGCAGACCUGAGCACGAUGGAAACAUCUAGCUCCUAACCAUGGGCAAUUUAGGGGAUCACAGACCUGAGGGAUUUGAACCAUCCAUCUAGAACUCAUGGGCAUUCAGUUUUGUAAGGAUGGCCGUCUUUGCCAAAUCAUAAUUGAAGAUGUUGAUGAAACCACUUUGUGGACGGAGAAGGCAAAGGAAAAAUCAAAACCAAAACCGAAACGAAAACCAAAACCAAAACCAAAGAAGCCACCUCCCGACCGAGUAUUGGCAGCUAUAAAGAUCCAGGCCUGGUGGCGGGGCACGCUGGUGCGGAGGACACUGCUGCAUGCGGCGUUGAGGGUGUGGAUCAUCCAGGGCUGGUGGAGGCAGACGCUGGCGAGGCUGCUGGAGAAGAGGCGUCGGGCGGCGCUGGAGUCGUAUGCACGGCAAACCUGGGCAACUGUAAAGCUGCAAUCCUGCAUCCGAAUGUGGCGCAUCCGCCAGCGAUACUGUCGAUUGCUCAAAGCCGUCCGUACCAUCCAAGCCUUUUGGCGCUGGCACAGUUGCCAUACCCGUGGUUUUUUCCAGGGCAGCUAUGAGCUCAGAGGAAACCACUUACAACUUCAGCUCUAUAUCUUCCUAGGAUCCCAGGUUUGUUGCAUUACAGACUGCAUCCCCCUUCCAAUAAAUAACUGACCAGGUCUG